CAAAUGUAAAAUAUGCUUGGCUUCCUUGUUCAAAAGCUGCAUUGUCCACAAUUAUUAUGUAUGGGCUUGGAAAUUGUGGAUCAUCUGUUGCCAAGUCCGUGUAUGGCAUUGGUGUUCAUCUUGCUGCUGAAAACUGCUCCAGUGCCAGCGCAAACAAUUGUGAUGUUGACGAAAAUGGAGUAAGGUACAUGGUUUUUUGUCGAGUAAUAAUGGGAAAUAUGGAGGUUCUUUAUCCUGGAAGCAGACAAUUCCAUCCCAGUAGCGAAGAAUUCGAUAAUGGAGUUGAUGAUCUUGAAAGUCCAAAAGUUUAUACUGUCUGGUACAUGAAUAUGAACACACAUAUAUACCCUGACUUUAUUGUUAGUUUCAAGCUCUCUUCCAGUGCUGAAGGAAAUCUGGUUGGAAAUGAGAUUAAGCAUGAUGUUUUGGUGUCCUCUAUUGCUUCUGAAGGGCUUCAAGCCCCCUUGCAAUUGGUGCCCUGUGCAGUUGAUUUGGCAAGCGGCAAUUCUUCUUCCUCUAAUUCUAGGGGAUCUUUAGGAAAAGCUCCUAGUAUAGGAUCUAGUGCAUCCAAGACUCCCAAAUCCCCCUGGAUGCCUUUCCCUAUGUUAUUUGCUGCUAUCUCAAAUAAAGUUCCUGCAGAAGAUAUGGAACUAAUUACCUCUAACUAUGAGCUAUUCAGGGAAAGGAAGAUUAGUCGGGAUGAUUUUGUCAAAAAGUUGAGGUUUAUUGUUGGUGAUACUUUAUUGAGGUCUACAAUAACUACUCUUCAAUGUAAGGUGCCUGUAAAGCAUGAGCUGGAAGCAUCAAAUCGUAAUGUGCAAGGUUAACUUCUGAAGUAUGUCUACUUGGUAUUUGGAUGUUGAAAGGCACCCUUUCUCUCUUUUCCUCAUUUUCUAAUGAUGCUAAGCAAAAACACUACUUUGGGUGUGUGUUUUCCAGAAAUGUGUCGACAUAAUAUUGUGAAUACCGUGGGAGAUAGGGCCUAGUUCUGUAAGUCUGUUAGGAAGCAGGUUAGUUUCUAUUAGGAUAUCGAUAGCAGUUUCUGAGCCAAAAGACUGGUUUUGGUCAGAGCAAGCUAGUACUUUUUCUAGUUGCUGAAACAGCGGAACAUGCCAGUGCUAUUUGUUAUUGUUAUGUUAUUUCUAGUGCUUGUUUUACCAUCCA